AUGUCAAGUGGAGAUUCUGAUUCAAAUUCAAUCACAUCACUCAAAGAUAUCGAUGGUGCUGAUACCAAUUCAUUAAAUCAACCAGUCAGUAGAGUUAGAACUACUGGUGAUGGAGAUGAGUUUGUUAUUAUUGGUAAUAAAAAAUAUUAUCGUCAUGAAUUAAUGCAAGCAUUUGGUGGUACAUUUGAUGUUGGUUUACAUCCACCACCAAAAUUAAAAAUUGGUAAUCCUUCACCAUUAGGUUUAUGUGCAUUUUCAAUAACUACUUUAAUCAUGAGUUUAUAUGGAUUAAAUGUUAAAGAUAUUCAUAAUAGUAAUGUUGUUGUUGGUAUGGCGAUUUUUUAUGCUGGCACAAUGCAAACAUUAGCUGGUGUUUGGGAAUUUUUUGUGGGUAAUUGUUGUAUAAUCGUGGCAUUCGACUCAAAUAAAGAACAGAUUGCAUUACCAAUUUAA